AUGGUGGAGCCCACUGCUUCCGGUGUGUUCUGCAAUAGAAUGCUGAGCAUGGUCAACUCCGAAGACGUCAACGCCAUCAUCCAGGCUCAGAGACAUAUGCUGGACCGCUUUGAGAAGACCAACGAAAUGCUGAUCAACUUCAACGGGCUCUCCAACGUACGACUUCAGCAGAUGAACGAGCGCUUCUUGCUCCACACGCGCACUCUUAUCGAGAUGAAGAAAGAUUUGGACAGCAUCUUCCGACGGAUAAGGACACUAAAAGGCAAGAUUGGCAAGCAGUUCCCAGAUGCUUUUAGUAAUAUCCACGAGUCGCCUAUCCCAGAGGACGACGACGAUGACGUGGAUCCAGCGCCUCCGAGCGGCGCCACCACCGUCACCACGGCCACCUCGGGGCAGAGCUCGGACUGCUGCGACUCCAGUCCGGACGCGGCGUCGCCCGAUGCCGGCGGAUGCUCCGAGGAACUCUCCCGAGAAACGCCCGGGGCUUCGGACCCUCGUCGCACAGCCGGCCUGCAGGAUGAGGGCCCGGACUCUGUCCCCGCGGAGUAG